AUGUGCUCACGGAGGUCGACCACGUCAAGCAGAGCACACCCUCGCAGCACCAAUGGCCCAGUCCUUCCUGUCCUUCUCUUUCCCGCUUGCCGUUCUCACCCUGUUCCGAUCACUGCCAUCCUUUCCCUCCCUCCUCCCCUCUCCCACCUGCAGGAUCCCAACAACCUGGAUGCCAAUGUGCUCACAGAAUUCGACCACGUCAAGCAGAACCUCGCUGCUCCAAAGGAAGGCGAAGGCGGUGCAGCAGCAUCGGGAGUGAAUGCAGCAGUGUCUGAGAGCAUUCAGCGCGUCCUGGCAGCCCUUCCCAAGAACGAUGGCGAGGAGCCUGGAGUCGGUUCAUCCAAGUCGACUCAAAAGUCACGUCUGUGCCUGGCCCUCCCCCCCACUUUUGAGUCGACUCAAAAGUAA